GAGAAAUCAAAAUGAUAUCAAAGCAAUUCAUCCGAUCAAGCCUUCGUGCUAUCAAAACUCAAUCCUCAACUGUUUCUACUCGAGUUCCUGUUCUAGCAGCUAUCCGACCAAUUCAAUCCACUCGAUUUGAUGCCACACCUAUUCGUUGGAUCACAUCCUCUUCAUUACUGGCUGAUGAAUCGCCUGCUUCAUCUCAACCAAUUCAAGAAUCUCAAACUUCUCAAUCUCAACCAACAGAAGAACUCUUUUCAGUUUAUCUUAGCAAUCUAUCAUUCUCUGUAACCGAAGAACUCUUGAGUGAAUUUAUCUCUCAAUAUGCACCUGUCAAAAAGGUUGACGUGGUCAGGACUAGUGAUGGAGCUGCUCGAGGAUUUGCUUUUGCAAAAUUCCCUACACAAGCGGAUGCCGAUGCUGCCGUCAGCGCUAUUAACGGACUAGAUUUCCUCGGUCGACAAGUUGUAGCAGCCAUCUCUCUCAAACGACCUGUCAUCUCUGCUGCCACCAACCAACUUUUCAUGUCAGGUUUUCCAACUGAUGGUGAAUCGGACGAGAGUGCCUUGAGAAGUGCUCUCCAUGAAGCUCUCGGCAUGCAGCCUAAGCUGAUCCGAUUCCACAAAUUUCCGGGUGGCUUCCUCAAGGGCACUGGUCACAUUGAAUUUGCUGAUGAAUCUAUGGUGGACGCUGCCCUCGUCAAGCUCCAGGAGCGGAGUGCAAACAACCAGCCUAUUCUCGUCAAUGGUCAUCCGUUAACUCUUGUCAAAGCUAGGCCACUUCUUCAGCCUCGAAAUCGCGCUCGUGGUGGUUUCGGUGGUGGACGAGGAGGAUUUGGAGGAUCCGGCGGGUACGGAUACGGUGCAGCAGGAGGGUAUGGUGGUGUCCAAGGAGGAUAUGGUGGUCCAUCAGGUGGAUAUGGCGGUGCACCAGGAGGAUAUGGUGGUGCACCAGGCGGAUACGCUGGCGCACAGGGUGGAUAUGGUGGCGGAUACAAUGCAAGUUAUCCGGGCACUCCCGCUGCUGGUGGCUAUGGUCAAUAUGGUAGAGGAAAUGGAAAUGAGGAUGGUGGAAAUACACCUGCUUACUAAUCUUUAUCGACAUUCAACAAUCCUUGAGGCUCUAAGAACUCGCUACCCCCCUCUAUCCCUUUAUUUUUGCUCACAUAUUAUAUUGAAAAGGCUAUCAGAUGUAUCUUGGAAUCUUUAGUCAAUACAUAUAUCCUCUUUCCUGUUUAUCUCCUAAAAUCAAUUUAUAACUUCAAAGUAAGAAAGAGGACUACCUGAUAAAACCUUGCGAGAUGCAAGGAUCAUAAAAAAUCACCUUAUCAUCCGAUGUUCAACUUCGUCUUGACUACCAUGCUAUGUAUCAGGAGCCCAAGUUGAUUCAACU